GGAAAAAUUGACAUCACCAGAGAUUCUGUCCACAAAGCAGACAGAGGAGUCCUGUAAAAGUAAUUUCAUUCCUAAAGAAAGGGAGAGGCCAUGGGACAUUUCCUACAGGUUCUCUCCAGUUGUUGGACUCAGCCUCCUGUUCAUCCUAAUUUGCCCAGCUGCAUCUCCCUCUUCCUUUCCUCAUUGGGUGGUGUCCUUGAGAGGAAGAGACUUCCCAAUCCACUUACUACAUAUCCCCUUGACAUGCUCCCUACUUUUGUGUAGCAACCGAUAUUCAUGGCUCUGUGAAGUCUUUGUUCUUCUUGAAGUUCAUGAAUUUGGCAGGACCUUGGCUGAGCAGCAGUCUGUGUCAUCAGUUAACAACAUUUUCUUAAACUGAUGGCUUCUCCUGUCGCUUCCUUACGUACAAGUUCCUGGGUCUAUCUCUCAGCAGAUUCACAGCAUCUGAUUGUAAAGACACUUUCCUCUUCUUCCUUUCAUGGGGAUCCCGCGUUUGUGGGACAUCCCCCCCUGGAGCAGGGUGUCCCCCCUUGCUGCAGCCCCAGCCCUCAGGCAGCGCUCAGCCAAUCAGAGCGGGCAGCACUGAUGACUCAGCAGUUGCCAGGCAGACCCGCAGCUCCCAGCGUUCCCCACCUGCGCCCAGCGCCCCCCUCGAGGGGAAUUUGGGGAGGUGGGAGUGGGGCAGCGCCAAGGCCGGGCCCCCCCGCGCUGUCCUGGCGGGAGCGGCUGCAGUGGGGACCGAGUGCGGGCGGGAGCGGCCGAGAGCCCAGCGCUGCCCCAGCCCGACCUGCCCCAGCUCCAUCCCUGCCCCUGCCGUGGGAUGCUGUGGGUUUGGGGGCAAGAGGGAGCCGGCAGCGGGUGCUGGGCCUGGGGCAGGAGGAGAAGGGAAGGAGGAGAAGGGAAGGAGAAGCAGGGUUGAAGAACAAAAUGGUGAAACCCUGGACGUGGGAGGAGAGGGUGGGAUUGUGCAGGAGAAGGAGGAGUUGUAGGAGGAAGAAGAGUGUGAGGAAGAGCAGGAACAGAGGAGGAGGAGGAGCAGAAAGAGGCGGCACCACACGGUUCUACCUCUCCCUGUAUCUGCAGCCUCCCCCCAGCCCCAGGAGGUUUGUCCCCCAUAUGCAACAGGUGACCAGGGGAGGGGGAAUCCAUGAUUAUCACAGAGGCUGAAUCUUGGUGUUUCUGGGCUUCAUUGGGCAAAUGUUGGUGCUUUUGUUUUUUGUGAGGGCUGAAUCUCUGUAUUUUGGAGGGGGGUUUUGCUGAAUAUUGAUGUGGGGAAGUUUUUGAUCUGCAUUUUGAUGUUUAGAGGAUUUUUGACUUUCCCAGAUGAACUUGGGCAUGGAGGUUUUCCCAGUCCAAGCUGCUCUCCUCUUGAUUUUUUCUGCAAACCAGGAUUUUUCAUUCCCAGGGUGUGGCCUGAUGGAGGAGGAGGAAAAGCCCCGAAUGUACCUCAUGAAGAGGGGCUGCAAACCGUACCCAGGGAGUUCUGGGGAGGAAAGAGCCCCCAUGAGCCAGGAAUGCAUCCUGCCAUCCAGCCAGAGCUUGGAGCUGGUGGAGAAGCCUCAUGGCAGGGAGAAGCCACACAGGUGCUUGGAAUGUGGGAAAUGUUUCAGCUGGAGCUCCACCCUGAGGCAGCACCAGCCAUGGGAGAGAGAAGGGUGUGAAAGGAGGAUCUGGAUUGGGCAUGGAGGAGGAGAAAUAGGAAGAGGAGGGAGAGAAGCGGAGGAUGGGAAAAGGAAGAGCAGGAACAGGAGGAAGAAGAGGAGGAGCCGCAGCAGAACCACGCUGUUUUCCCACUCGCCCGCUGAGUCUGCAGCUCUCCUGGCCCUGGCAGCAUCUAUCCCCCCAGAUCUCACAGCCAGGAUUUGUCAAUCCCAAUCUUUGUCUGGAUGGAGCUGGAGGAGGCUGCGAGGAAAAGGAAGAUGGCCUGGGACACUGAGGCAGGCAAGGAGGAAGUCACUGCCCCUUUCUCCCUCUCCUCUGUUUCAUGUCUCAGCCCAACAUUUCCUCUGGCUGCAGGACAACCCCGCUACCAAUGCCGUCCUGCCAAGGAUGAACUGGGGGAAUCUCCUUCCCCUUCCCUCUGGCAAAGAGGCAAAUCCCAUCCUGUCCUUGUCCACAGCUCCUUCCCCUUCUCAUUCUGUCCUUCUUCCUUCCUCAUUCCUUCCUCUCCUUUUCUUUCCUUUCCUUCCCCAGGCACUGAGCUGCAGACGGAGACCAGGGAGAGCAAAUCCCUGCUGCAGAACCUCAUGGAAAAGGCCGUUUUGAGCAGCCCCAUGGCAUGGGAAUCCAAUGGGGAGGAUAAGCCCUGGAGAUCCCACACAAGGAGGGGUUGCAAACCCAGCCCUGGCAGCUGUGAGGAGGAAAGAUGCCCCCUGUGUCCAGAAGGCAGCCAGAGAUUCAUUCAGAACUCAGAGGUGGUAGAGACAACUCGUGGUUGGCAGAAACCCCACAAGUGCUUGGAAUGUGGGAAGGGCUUCAGCUGGAGCUCUGGAGCUCAGAUGUGAUCUGGCUCCAGGUGAUCCACAUGGGGAAACGGCCCUACAAGUGUGGGGAGUGUGGGAAGGGCUUUGGGUGGAGCUCCAACCUCAUCAAUCACUGCAAGAUCCACACUGGGGAGAGAACCUAUGAGUGUCCCGAGUGUAGGAAGUGGUUUCUGAGCAGCUCCAAUCUCAUCGUAAUGAGUCAAGGGAUCAGCUGGAAAUGUAUUUACGAUAAUUGAAAACUGUGGAUGAGUCAAGGGGCCAGCUGGGAGUAUAACUGAGAUAGUAGAAGAUUGCAUAUUUUAGUUAAGAUUUUAAAAUUAGUUAAGAAGGUAUGUUAGCUAAGCAAAAAUCACAUAGGUUAGUGAAAGAGUAACAAAUAUAUUAGAAAGUAAAGCUCGGAGUGACAGGGAUAGAUGUAGCAAUUGUGGAGGAGCAGAGACGAUAGAAAUAUCUUGCCUUAAGAAUAAUCAGUUUGGAGAGGCUUGGACCAUGACCAGCAGAUCAAAAAAUCCUGCAAACUCGCCAUGGGUGAAGAGUUUACCAUGAGGAAGAAAGCUUUCUUCUUCACAUACGCCCACUCCCUUAUUUCAAAAUCCCACAGACCCAAUUAAGGCAGUGCAAUUGCGCAGUCAUAUUAGGUAUUCAGCUGACUAUAAUACAAAGUGGGCAGAUAAUGAUUCUGUAUUAUGCAUCCUUAGAAACUGCUUGGAUAUGUAAAACCUUUUCUGUAUAAAUAGAGAGCAGGAGUCUGCAACUCCUUGCACAUCCAUUUGGAAAUGAUUCCCUGUGUGUCCAGCACUGCAAUAAAAUACCCUUCUUUUCAACUUUAA